GGCGCCGGUCCUCCUCGCCACUCUUGGCCCAAGGGUUUUGCUCUCACGUCAUGAAAUUUGUUGUUGGGGGCCUCGCGAGACUGAUUUCGAGACUGAUUACGUGCACGCGCUGGUUUUGGGUUCAGGGUCAGGAAGCGACGACUCGACCCACAACAGGUGGGUCUCGUCAAGGCAGGCUGCGUCAAUACAGGUACUGAUCAGCACUUCCAAGGUUGAUCGGGCUGUCGAGUGGAGUGGGCUCUGCAGAUUUUUAGGCUACGAAUUCUCCUCUUCUAUUGUUCGGAAGGUGGUGAACCGUUCAUUCUUUUCAUUACCCACGCGUCUCUGAACUGGCCGCCUGAGUGUCGGCGAACUUCCUCUUCUGGAUUUGAAUUUUGCGGAUCUAUUCCGUGGAUGAGAAAUUAGUGGGUCUGUUGGCUCUGAGUGAGCCGGGCUAAUUGCAAGACAGAGACGAUAGACGCGACUUGCCAAAGGAGAUAUUACGGUCAUCAGAACGAUUUGUAUUGCACUCUACUCGCGACGGCUGUUGUUGAAACAGUCACUUUGCGAUCACUAGUUUAUGGCCUAGUCGCUUGGCAGUAGUUUAUUCGAGCAAUGUAAGACAUGUCUUACUUUUAAGAAGCAGAGGACCCUAAGAUUCGAAGCAAUGCGGCCAUGAAGUAGGAUUUUUGAGUGGAAUGGAGAGUUGGCAUUUAGGGAUAUAGGUGAAAUGAGGAUGGGCGCCACUGUGGAGGAAUGCGAAUUGCCGUCCUUUUAUGAGCUUUUGGAUCGGUUCUCCCUCUUCGACUCAUCCGCGUCGUCUGGAUGUGACGUACAGAUUGGCAAGAAUGGUUCUCUUUUCUGCAAAUGUGAGGGGUGUAUCCGAUGGUCUGAUUUUGUGGAAGGCCGUGACCCGUCCGACAUCGAAGUCAAGUACGAGGUUUUCACACGGGAGCACGUUGCCGGGUUGGCGUGUUACUUGCGGACUAGAGCGGCAGAGUUCGAGCUCUCUGUCAUGGAUGUUCUAGAGGUAGGAGCAGGCAGCGGCCGUCUCUCCUACCAUCUCAACAAAUAUCUAUCCCAACUUUUCACAAAGAACCAGGGUCCUGUAGUGAGAGUGGUAGCAACGGAUAGUGGAGUACGAGGUCUCGAUGGACCUUCAGUGAAGAAGGAGGACGCAAUUGAUGCCAUAUCUACCAGAAAAACACAAAUCAUAAUCUCAUCGUGGAUGCCAAGAAGCGUCGAUUGGACAGCGCAUAUGAGGGUUCAGCAAUCUGUCCUUGAGUACAUACUUAUAGGAGAAACAGACAACGGAAUAUGUGGGUGCCCCUGGAAGACAUGGGGCUUCUCCUCGCCCUGGGACUGGAGCGACAGCGAUGACAGCGACUUUGAUGCCUCAGUGAGCAUUGCUUUGCAAUCACAAGAAGAUGGAUCUUGUCUCAGAGAGAGCAAAGAAUCAACUAAUGGCCAUGACAGAACCCGAGGAUCGAUCUCGUCAAAUAGUGGUUCGCAAAUUGGAAGGACAAGAAGAGAGAAGCCGCUUUAUGAGAUUGAUGGCUGGGAAAGAUUAGAACUACACAGUCUAAGCAGAUUGCAGUUAUGCCGAACUGAUGAGCGGUGGUCAAGCAGUCGGCAUUCUCACACCGUUUCUUUCAGAAGGAAACAAGAUGCAGCUGCUUGCUGUGGUCAUACACUUUCACCUGGUGGAUGGAAAAUCGAAAACUCGUUCAGCGUCGAAGAAUGACACCACUGCCUGAAUGAGAUCGUCGUAUUGGUAAGCUGUGAACCCUGACGACAUUUACCAUGAACUUUAUGAAGGUGUUGAUCAACCAGCCAAUUACUUGAAUCAUUAAACCUGUUACAGUUCGUGGACAUGUUCAAAAUCGUAAGACCAGUCAGAACAGUUGGUCCGAUAGAAUAAAUACUAGUAUUCUCGUAGAGGUAGAAUUGCUACCUGCUCUCGAGACUCGUGCCCCAUUAUCGUCAGUUGAAUCCAUCGCCGGUUGUACCCUCAUCUUAGUCAGAAGCAUGAAUAGUCUUUACUUCAAAUGUUUCAAGGGUGGGGACCAAGCACUAAUGGAAAAAAUCCAACUUCUGUCUCUAGAGAAUGAGGAGACCUUUCACUUUGACCGCCGGUGGCCACUGUAUGCAUCUUUGGUUAGUACAUAAAGUUUUUGAUAAUUUUUUUAAUGCAA